GCCGGCCGCAGCCGCCCGACGAGGCCCAGGGAGCCGCUCGCCCGACCCCGCCGCCCAAUGUCCUCAAGAUGGAGGCAGCGGGGGCGGCGGCGUGAGGAAAGCAGCGCUGUGGGCGCGGGCACCGGGGCCCCGGCGGAGGCGCUGGCGGGAUGGGGCUGCUGCUCAUGAUCCUGGCGUCGGCCGUGCUGGGCUCCUUCCUCACCCUCCUCACCCAGUUCCUGCUGCUUUACCGCAAACAGCCCGAGCCGCCGCCAGACGAGGCCGCCCGCGCCGGCGACGGCUUCCACUACCUCAAGCCGGUGCCGGGCCUGGCCCUGAGGGAGUACCUUUAUGGCGGCGGCGGGGCUGAGGAGCCCUCGGGCGGGCCCCCCGAGGGCGGCGCUACCCCGGCCCCGGCCCCCGAGACCCCCGCCCCGCCGACGCGGGAGACCUGCUACUUCCUCAACGCCAUCAUCCUGUUCCUAUUCCGGGAGCUGCGGGACACCGCGCUGGCCCGCCGCUGGGUCACCAAGAAGAUCAAGGUGGAGUUCGAGGAGCUGCUGCAGACCAAGACGGCGGGGCGCCUGCUGGAGGGGCUGAGCCUGCGGGACGUGUUCCUGGGCGAGACGGUGCCCUUCAUCAAGACCAUCCGGCUCCUCCGGCCCGUGGUGCCCUCGGCGCCCGGAGAGCCCGACGGCCCCGAGGGGGAGGCGCUGCCCGCCACCUCCCCCGAGGAGCUGGCCUUCGAGGCGGAGGUGGAGUACAACGGGGGCUUCCACCUGGCCAUCGACGUGGACUUGGUCUUCGGCAAGUCCGCCUACCUCUUCGUCAAGCUGUCCCGCGUGGUGGGGCGGCUGCGCUUCGUCCUCACCCGCGUGCCCUUCACCCACUGGUUCUUCUCCUUCGUGGAGGACCCGCUGAUCGACUUCGAGGUGCGCUCCCAGUUCGAAGGGCGGCCCAUGCCCCAGCUCACCUCCAUCAUCGUCAACCAGCUCAAGAAAGUCAUCAAGCGCAGGCACACCCUCCCGAGUUACAAGAUCCGGUUUAAGCCGUUUUUUCCAUUCCAAACCUCACAAGGAUUUGAAGAAGAUGAAGAACAGCAUAUCCAUGUACAACAAUGGGCACUUACUGAAGGCCGCCUUAAAGUUACAUUGUUAGAAUGUAGCAGGCUGUUCAUUUUUGGAUCCUAUGACAGAGAGGCAAAUGUUCAUUGCACACUUGAAUUGAGCAGUGGUGUUUGGGAAGAAAAACAAAGGAGUUCUGUUAAGACGGUUGAAUUAAUAAAGGGGAAUUUACAAAGUGUCGGACUUACACUUCGUCUUGUUCAGUCAACUGAUGGGUAUGCUGGGCAUGUCGUAAUUGAGACUGUGGCCCCAAAUUCGCCUGCUGCAAUUGCAGAUCUUCAGCGAGGAGAUCGACUGAUUGCUAUUGGAGGUGUGAAAAUCACAUCUACACCGCAAGUGUUGAAGCUUAUCAAGCAGGCUGGUGACCGAGUCCUGGUGUUGUAUGAAAGGCCUGUGGGCCAGAGUCAUCAAGGUGUGGUGCUGCAAGAUAAUUUUGGACAGUUGGAAGAAAACUUUCUGUCAGGCUCAUGCCAACCAAAUUAUGAAGAGGAAACAACUGGGUUGGCAGUAGAUGCUGAAAAUAGAGACCUGGAUUCUGAAUUUGAAGACUUGGCAAGUGAUGUCAGAGCACAAAAUGAGUUCAAAGAUGAGGCACAAUCACUAAGUCAUAGUCCCAAACGUACUCCAGCAACACUUUCUGUUAAACCCCUUGGGACUAUAUCACCAGUUUUAAACCGUAAAUUAGUUGUAGGAGGUCACCCACCACCACCAAAACUUCCAUCCAAAGAAGGAAAUAAACCCUUAGCCCUAAGAACUUGUGAGAUAACAGACCCAGCACAAGUGUCAAAACCCACCCAAGGAUCCACUUUCAAACCACCUGUGCCACCACGACCACAAGUGAAAGUUCCUUUGCCUUCUGCUGAUGCCCCAAAUCAGGCAGAACCAGAUGUUCUUGUUGAAAAGCCAGAAAAGGUGCUGCCUCUUCCUCCUGCAGAUAAACCUGUUGAAAAGCAAGCGAAAAAUACGGAUCACGUAGAAGAUGCAGCUGCAUCUAAGCAGUUUUUAGCAAAGCAAGAAGUGGCGAAAGAUUUUACUUCAGAAAGUUCCUGCCCUCCUAAGGACAGUUCAGAUGACCCUCAAACGUGGGAAUCAUCAGAAAUUCCUUAUCGUAAUAAGCUUGGAAAAUGGACAAGAACCAGAACAACAUGUUUCUUUGACAUAGAAGCCUGCCACAGAUACUUAAACAUUGCACUGUGGUGCAGGGAUCCUUUCAAGUUAGGGGGUCUCAUCUGUUUGGGGCAUGUUAGCUUAAAACUUGAAGAGGUGGCUUUAGGAUGCCUAGCUACAUCAAACAUGGAAUACCUUUCAAAAUUCAGACUAGAAGCCCCCUCACCUAAGGCUAUGGUCACAAGAACCGCACUCCGCAAUCUGAGUAUGCAAAAGGGAUUCAAUGACAAAUUUUGCUUUGGUGACAUUACUAUUCACUUCAAAUAUGUGAAAGAAGGAGAACCAGACCACCAUGUAGUUACUAACAUAGAGAAAGAAAAAGAACUCCAUUUGGUUGAAGAGGUUUCUGCCCUACCUAAAGAGGAGCACUUUGUUGGACAGAUGGGUUUAACAGAAAAUAAACAUAGUUUCCAGGAUACUCAGUUCCAGAACCCAACUUGGUGUGAUUACUGUAAGAAAAAAGUUUGGACUAAAGCUGCUUCCCAGUGUAUGUUCUGUGCUUACGUUUGCCAUAAAAAAUGUCAGGAAAAGUGUCUAGCCGAGACUCCUCUUUGUGGAGCAACUGAUAGGCAGGUAGAUCGGACCCUGAAAAACCUCAGAGUGGAAGGACAAGAAACCCUCUUAGGUCUCCCUCCUCGUGUUGAUGCUGAAGCUAGCAAGUCAGUCAAUAAAACAACCGGUUUGACAAGACAUAUUAUCAAUACUAGCUCUCGUUUGUUAAAUUUGCGUCAAGUCUCUAAAACUCGCCUAUCUGAACCAGGGACUGAUCUAGUAGAACCUUCACCAAAACACACACCCAACACAUCAGACAACGAAGGCAGUGACACAGAGGUGUGUGGUCCAAACAGUCCUUCUAAACGGGGAAACAACACAGGAAUCAAGUUAGUGAGAAAGGAGGGUGGUCUGGACGACAGCGUUUUCAUUGCAGUUAAAGAAAUUGGUCGUGAUCUGUACAGGGGCUUGCCUACGGAGGAAAGGAUCCAGAAACUAGAGUUUAUGCUGGACAAACUGCAAAAUGAAAUUGAUCAGGAGUUGGAACAUAAUGAUUCCCUCGUUAGAGAAGAAAAAGAGACAACCGAUACAAGGAAAAAAUCACUUCUUUCUGCUGCUUUGGCUAAAUCGGGUGAAAGACUACAAGCUCUAACACUGCUUGUGAUCCACUACAGAGCAGGCAUUGAAGAUAUGGAAUCUUUAGAAAGUCUGUCUUUAGACCAGCACUCCAAAAAAAUAAGCAAGUACACAGAUGAUACAGAAGAAGACCUUGAUAAUGAAAUAACCCAACUAAUAGACUCUGAGCCAUUUAGCAGCAUAUCAGAUGACUUACUUGGCCCAUCUGAGUCUGUGUAACAGACAGACUGUUUAAACUUUCCAGUGAUUGGGGAAAAGUUGCAUCUAAAGUACCACAGAUACAACCAUGUUUAAACCCUUUCACAGUGCACUUGGACUGCUUCUCCACAGUUAUUUGCUUGUUUAAGAACAAGAAUGAAAAAGGUUGUUUUCGAGCAGAAACAUGUACAGCUCACUAAAUUGGUUGUUUCAGAUUGCAUUUAUAGCUAUGCUUUUGGGUUUAUACUGGGAAUUUAUUUUUACUAAUUUAUUUUUAACUUUUUCUAAUUAUGUAAGCUAACUUUUCAUGUUUAUGUACAUGUGAUGUCUCGUGUUAUUUUCCUUCCUCUUAGUUUUUGAAUUAAAUAGGAUACUGUCCAGAUUCUUGAAAUUUUCAUUUCCAUCAUGGUUAUAACAAAUUUUUUGCAUGCCCAAGUUGACAACAGCAAUCAUUGAGGGAACAGGUUUGAAUCUUACUUUAUGUUAUGAAAUUUGUCAUCUCUACUUACUUGAGAUUUUAGUUAUUUUGGGGCUUUAGUGGUGCUUUUGUUUCAUUUUUGCCAAAUGUAACAUGAAAGCAGACGCUGCAGUUUUAGCUGGUUAUGCUGAUUUAGUAAAAAAAAAUUUUACAUAUAUUGCUUUCUAUGCUUCUGUGAAAUUUUUUUCUAAAGUUUUUAUGCAGUUGAGGUAUAGUAAGAAUAUAGUGAUUAAUUUGAAGAGCUUGCAUUGAAAAACAGAAUGUUGUAGGGAAUAAACAUAGAAUGUAGUUGGUCAAGAAUUUUGUAGAGAGGGUAACAAGAUUACUAAAAAACAGUAACCAGUAGGAUUUUGAAAUAUAGUCUUUCAAAAUGUGGCUGCUUUCCUUUUAAAUGAAAGUUCUAAACAUUUAUGAUUAUUUUUCAUCUUCAGUUCUCCCAUAGGAAAUAAAGCAUGUAUAAGGAUA